UGCAGAAGAGGUUCGAAAGGAAGGUUAAGGAUCAUGAGGUCUAUAUUCUGUGGAAAUCUGGAGUUUGAUGCUCGCCAAUCUGACGUUGAGCGCCUUUUCAGGAAAUAUGGGAGGGUUGACAGGGUGGAUAUGAAAGCUGGAUUACUUGGAUAUUCCAUGAUCUUCCUCGAUGGAUGGUUCUCUCCUUAUUUUCUCGAUUGUGCCCAAGAUACAUGUUAUUGUGUUUCUUCGAAAGAACAAUAUGAUCUGCCAUGGUCACACAAUCCCACACUUUCCUGAGACCAUUGCCUUUUGCAUUCCUCAUGACUUUGCCCAGUCUUCAAUUUCCGACAUGUUUCAACAUAGAUAUCAUGUUCAUUCCGGAUCCACUGUCAGGCUUUGCUUUUGUAUAUAUGGAAGAUGAGCGUGAUGCAGAGGAUGCUAUCCGCAAACUCGACAGGAUAGAGUUUGGUCGAAAAGGACGCAGACUUCGAGUCGAGUGGACUAAGCAAGAACGAGGUGGACGUAGGUCUGAUAGUUCGAGGAGAUCAACAACCAACUCAAGGCCUUCAAAGACCUUGUUUGUUAUCAACUUCGACCCUAUCAACACGAGGACUAGGGACAUUGAAAAGCACUUUGAACAGUAUGGAAGAAUAUCGAAUGUCAGGAUCAGAAGGAAUUUUGCAUUUGUGCAGUAUGAUUUGCAGGAGGAUGCCACCAGAGCUCUAGAAGCAACACAUAUGAGUAAGUUCAUGGACCGAGUUAUCUCAGUGGAGUACGCGAUACGUGAUGAUGAUGACAAGAGAAAUGGGUACAGCCCUGAUAGAAGGGGUCGGGACGCAUCACCUGAUGGAAGAAGCUAUGGCCGUGAUCGUUCUCCAAGCCCAUAUCACAGGGAUAGGGGUAGUCCUGAUUAUGGACAUGGCUCUAUUCCAAACUCUAGGUCUGAUCGAAGGGAUAGUCCCGAAUAUGGGAGAGCUGGAAGCCCCGACCAUGACAGAUAUCCUAGCCGAUCACCACCUAUGCGUGAAAGAUCCAGAUCCUGAGAAUGUCGAGGAAGAGAGAGUUGGGUGUGGUUAGAGCUGAGUGAAACCAUAGUUUGUAUGUGGAUUUUAAUGUCUUGGAAGAUGAUGCCAUUUGUUACUGUAGUAGAAAUUGCACUUUAUCAUCGUACCACCACCAUCAUCAUCUUGUUCGUGUAGAAUGCCAUUUUCUCUUGUUAAUGGAACUUCACAUGUUUGGGUGUGCCUCGUA